AUGUUGGCCACACGCUCUCGAGAUGACAUCUCGACCAGAACCGCGUUGUUGAGUGAUCAGAUCCCAAUUUGUCGCAUUUGUUUAGAAGAGGAUGGCCCAAGUGAUAUGGUACGACCUUGUUUAUGUAGUGGUACUCAGGCCAGGGUUCAUCGGUUUUGCAUGAAAGAAUGGCUCAAGGCUUCUGGAAAGCAGGUAAGAGCUUUUUGAUGGUUGUAAAGAAAGUUUUGAUUGAAUUUGUAAAGAAAGUUCUUGCCAUUUUUUGUUUUGUAAAGAAAGUUUUUGCCAUUUUAUGUUUUGGAAAGAAAGUUCUUGCCAUUUUUUGCAUUGUAAAGAAAGUUUUUGUAAAAAUUUUCGUAAUUCCAGCGCUGUGAAAUUUGUAAAUCUGAGUUUGGAGUUCGUCAACGACGUCUGAAGCCAGUCAACGAAUGGAAUUUCCCGACUCCAGUUGGUGACAUGUUUGAGGAUCAAGUGGAGUUCGUGUGUCUGUUCGUAUGGAUGUUAUUUGAAAUUCGUAUUCUGAUUGCAAUUUCAAAGUGAGUUUGUUAACAUAUCUUUUCGACCAAAAAUGAUUUUAAUAAAAUUUUAAACCAGGAAACAUAUUUUUAAAAAAUCCAUAAUGUUGCAAAACGUCACAACUCAAUAAUGAUGCGAAAUGUCAACUAAUCACAAUAUUUUCAGCCAAGGAGUCGGCCAAAUGCACCGUGACCUUUGUGACACUUUUGAAUCCUCGCGAAUGGCGUAUAUUUGGUGGCUUUCCCUAAUGUUCAACACGUUUUACUACGCCCAAAGCCUGAUGGCCGUCUUCGAGAAGUGGCUCAUCAACAACACUGAAACCGACUGGUACUUUGACAAAAUGCGGGAGGAGAAAAAACCCAGAAAUAAACUUGAUUAA